GUUCAGGACUAUCAUGUCGUUUAUACUGCUUCCACUCCUACGUCCGCUAUGUACACUCUUCGUCUUUGCAAUAUUCUCCAAUGGUCACAGUCAACUCAAUGCUGAUGUCUUCAUGAGGCUUUCGACUGAAGCGAUACUCUCCGGCCAGCAGCUUCCCUUGCAACAGACAGCAACUUUCAAACCCUUCGAUGACCUGGAGGCCCUUACGGUCUCGAAGUACACCUCUCUGAUGCACCCACAGUUUCCCAAUUACAACGUUCGUGUCAAAAAGUCGUUGUUUUGCGACGGCUCUGUGAGGGCAUACACUGGCUACAUUGACGUUGAAGCCCACCAUCUAUUCUUCUAUUUCUUUGAAAGCAGGCGCGAUUCUGCGCGUGACGACGUCGUGUUCUGGACAAAUGGUGGUCCUGGUGGCUCAUCUUCCGUUGGCCUCUUCAUGGAGCUGGGGCCAUGCCAAGUACAAAGUCCCGACAACACAACAUUCAAUCCGUAUUCUUGGAACGAAUAUUCUAAUAUCUUCUUCAUUGACCAACCUGUCGGUACCGGCUACUCUUAUGCGGACCACGGGGAAUACGUGAGCACUGCGGAAGAGGCUGCUAAAGAUAUUGCAGCCUUCGUCGCCAUAUUUUUUGAACAUUUCCACCAGUUCAAGGGCCGCCGCAUCCAUCUCGCUGGUGAAUCGUAUGCCGGGCGUAUGAUCCCUGUGUUUGCCUCAAAAAUCUACGAUCAAAACGCCUUACUUGAAGCGGCUGGUUUGACCCCGAUAAACCUCGCAUCCAUAAUGCUCGGUAACGGCUGCACAGAAGACGCGACGAUGCUCCCGUCCUACUACGACAUGAUGUGCAUGAAUACCACUGUUCCACCGGUACUAGACAUUGACACUUGUGUCAACGUCAAACGCGGUGUGCGUGCUGCCUUUCUCGUUGUUCCAAAUGGCAUAAGCAAGAAUGUUUGGACAGAAUGGAUAAAACUCAAUUGUCGUGCUGCGAUGGCGUACUGCUCAGAAGUCAUUGCCAUACCCUACGACGCGUCAGGCUUUAGCCCCCACGAUCUCACUAAGAAAUGUAUUGGCCAGGGAACAGGCGGCAUAUGCUACGAAAUUGUCGAGCACAUUGACAAGUACCUGAGUAAGCCCGACGUUCGAGAACAGCUCGGCGUCGAUCCCAUCGUACCUGCCAAUUUCACUUCUACGAACCCUUGGGUUAAGGCGCGCUUUGACGCCAACCUCGAUCAUCUGUUCCCUACGCAGUACUACAUUGCCGCCCUCCUCGAGCGAGGUGUGCGCGUGCUAGUCUAUGUAGGAGCGAACGACUGGAUAUGCAAUUGGGUGGGCAACGAGCAUAUGACACUGAACCUGGAGUGGACAGGUCAAGAACAGUUUAUAAGGGAGCCUUUGAAGGAGUGGUUCGUGGAUAGCCAUGUCGCAGGCCUUACUCGCACUGCCAAAGGUUUUACUUUCACGACCGUCUAUGGUGGCGGACACAUGGCACCCUACGACAAGCCUAAGGAGACCCUCGAGAUGCUAAGAAAGUGGAUAUCCAAAGAGGCGUUCUGAGUUCACCGUCCUCCGCGCAGGAGCAGACAUGCUCAAACUGAACCACACCAUGUGAACUUGCUGGAUUGAUGCGCCAGCGCAUGCCCGAACGCUCGAAGGGCUAUUUAAAACAAUGUAAGGUAAUAGAGGGUGCAGGGGUUGUGCGAGCAUUCGGAAAGAAGGUACGAGGCACUAGGGGGCCGGCGAAGCGUUUGCGAACAACAAGAGACGGGAUGCGAAGGCGCGAAUGCGAAGUUUCUAGAGCAACACAGAGUGAGUAAAACAAUACACAAGCCGCGGGCAGCGGGCAAGUCUGUGACAGGGACGCAGGUCUAGUUUAGGUUUAGAGUGAGGAGUCUUCUUCUAUUCUGUUGCUGUUCUGUGAGUACAAGGAGUUUGUAUACUACAGCACCUGAGAAAAUAAGAGAAAUAGGGAGAGAAAUGAAUAUUAUAGCAAUGCGGCCAGGAAGUACAGGCGAGAGACCGGAGUGCAUCGGACGCAGGCUAGGACUGUUUAAGCAUGAAUACACGCGUGCUUCGUGGCGGUGCACAUCAGGAUAAUGUCCCGAACAGGCUGCUUCUCGUGAGCUGUAGAGUUCGUCUGGGCCUACAUAUCGAGCAGGGCGC